GUUAUCAAUCUUGAAGGCUUCCAACUCGACGAGUUGGAUAGUUACUCCAGCCUCGCACCCGUCAAGCAAGAAUCCAAUCCGAAGUCAACUGCCACACCAAAGCCUACCAGUUCGAAGACCUCUACUGCUCCCAAAGCUCCCCCAGCAUCUAGGACCCGGGCCUCCAGCUCCCGGAAGAGGAAGGAAGCAGAUAACCCUGCUACCCCCAUGUGUUUCCAUUUGAGAAUUAUGGGUUCACAGAAUCCAGCAAAUUCAUGACCGGCUUCCUCAACCAGGGUCUCGAACGUCUGGUAUUCCUUUAUGAAGACGCAUGUGGCACAAACGUCAUCCUAGAGAGUAAGCUAAAAAAGGCCGAAGCCACCAUUGCGGACCAAGCAGCGGUCGCCACCGCUAAAUCGGAGCAUUACGAAGCUAAAUACAAGGCAAUGGUCCAAGAGCACCAGUCUGCCAUCUAGAAGGUCACUCACGAGGCUCAAGCCAAGUCCGAUGUUGCCCAAGUUCAACAUGAGCAGGACAUGGCUUCAUACCGGGAAAGCCUCAAGAACUCUAUUAUCGUCUCCCUCCUCCAGGCUAGACUGAAGAUGGCUUACGAAGCUAUGGCUACGGGAUUUGAAUGUCCUUCAUGGAAUAUUAAGGCUUGGGAGAUGAAACUGAAAGAUCUUGGUGGUAACCCUGUGGAGCCCCCUUCAAAGCCUGCUGCAGAAGAACCUGCUAAGGUGACCGAGAAGGUAGAUGAUGCUGGUGCUUCAAAGGAUGCUGGUGGCGAUGCUGGGACGAAUGCUGGAGAGGAUGCUGGACGGGAUGCCGGGGAAGAUUUUGCUGAUGAAGUCAUGAUGGAAGAGGGUGCUGCCCCUUAAAAACAGUGAAGUGGGCGAUGAUGGAUGUAUGUGCCUAGGUCGGAGCCCACUUUUUUAGGUCUGAUGGUCGUGGUUUG